AUGUACAGGAUCCUAGCUGGCGAGAAGUUCAAGGGAGUGAGGGAUUUUCCUGCUGAAUCUGUAUGGCGGCAAAUGAUCCCAACAAAGGUCUGUGCUUUUAUGUGGCUGGUGGCUCACAAGCGAAUUCUGACUCUGGAUAAUCUCAAGAAGAGAGGAUGGCAGCUUGCGAAUACAUGCGAACUGUGCGGAGUGGAGGAGGAGAGCAUUGAUCACAUUCUGUCCCAAUGUGGCUUUGUUGUGGAAAUUUGGACACGAAUGCAGAGGGUCUGUGGGGCCUUGGAUCUCUCGGGGGGUGACUUUAUCACGAUUAUUCGAAGAUGGUCCUUGGCUGUUGAUGAUAGUGUGGAGAGCUGCGUUCGUUUUGGUGCUCUACAUGCUGUGAGUUGGCAGGUUUGGCUCGAAAGGAACAGGAGGGUGUUCAAAGGCACGAGGUUGCAGGCAAGAGGAGUUACUCGCAAGGCAGUCAGAGAUUCCUUGGAUUGGGCUAUUGCUUGUGGCAAGCUGGAUAAAGGUCUAGGCCUCAGUUGGUUGGCGGGACGGCAACAUCUUCUUUAG